CAAAAAUGCAGCUGCAACUACUCGAGAUUAUGGACCUUUCAAGUAAUGAGCUCGAUGGAGUUAUUCCGGAGGGGCUUUGUGAGCUCGUUGGACUGCAUGGUUUGAACUUGUCACACAACCAUUUGUCAGGCAAUAUGCCCAAAAAUAUUGGAAAGCUCAAGUUUUUGGAGUCCCUUGAUCUCUCACGCAACGAAUUGGUUGGCACAAUCCCCCAAAGCUUGUCUGUCAUAACCACACUAAGCUACCUCAACUUGUCUCACAACAACUUGUCAGGCAAAAUUCCACUCGGCAAUCAGCUUCAGACUCUGAAUGAUUUGUCAAUUUACGCAGCAAAUCCACUGCUCUGCGGGGUUCCAUUACCAAAGAAAUGUCCCACUGAUCCUGAUUCAGCCCAACCUCCAUUGAUGUCCAGCAAUGCAGACAAAGAUGAUAAUGAGGAAGUUGAAGACAAGGCCCAAAAAAUAUGGUUUUACUUUGUCAUAUUUUUUGGAUAUGUAACUGGCUUAUGGGCAGUUAUUGGGAUUUUAGUGUUUAAAAGAGAAUGGAGAUUUGCCUAUUUUCGUUUUGCCGAAGACGCCAAAGAACACAUGCUUCCGAUGAUGACGGUAAAAGUGACAAGGCUGAAGAGGAAGAUGAUGAUUGGACCAUUAAGGGCAAGAAACUGAUAUAAGGAAUUAUGCUUGUACGACAUUCAUAUCCAUUAUGCCUUGUUUAAAGAUGUCAAGACGUCAAAGUUUCAAUGAUCCUCUGAAUUUUUUUUAAUGCAAGUUAAUUAUCGAAAU